CUAGCCUCUUCAUUGGCUCAUCACACCUGAAAUUAUAUUUUUCAAGAAAAGAAAAAAUAAAUUUAACCAAAGUCCUUAGCGGGCCGAUCCGACCCGCCCCUUUUUAUUUUACCCGAGCUGAGCAUCGGGCAAAGCGGAAAAUCGUGUGCCACUGUACUGGAACCAACAGAGAGUACAACAACAGAGGUAGCAGGAAAAUGUGGAAAGACAGAGGACCUGGAGUGAAGAUCCUCUGGCUUUGGGCCAUUGGAACUGCUGGCAUUUUAGUGGCCAGCGUUGUGAGGACCAGAAUGCGGGAUAUGGAGCAGCUCAUGAAUUCUCAACAACAAACGCCUCAACGUAUUGACUCACCUGUGAUUAGCGACAAUGGUGAUACUCAAGCGGCGAAUUCUGAGGACUUCAUUCGGGAGGAGAAAGUGUGAGAAAGUUGUAUGCUACGUGUUUGAUGAUUUGUCUGAACGAUUAUUGUUCUUCUACAGAAUUUGGAAUCUUUUGACUCUUUUCGGUUCUCUUAGGGUUUCUCCUUUUCUCAUUUUGCAUUAGCGUUUUAACUUCACCGGCUUUAUUUGAAUGCUGUAUAAAGUACACAACCAGUAAAUCAUUUGAUGGGCUUGAUUGAGAAGUGAUACUUGGUCAUUAUAUAGGGAUCUUUCUUCUUGUC